CGAGUGACGGAGCUCAUCAGAGACAACAGCAAUGUGCAGCCUGGCUUUCCUCGUCGUGUCCGCCUGCACCUUGAUCGGGGGUCUCUCAGUCUGCUGCCCUCAAAGAAGAUACCACGUCGUCAGAGAUGUAAUGACCUGGGACCAAGCUCGCCAACACUGUCAAAGUAAUUUCACUGAUCUGGUUAGUGUUCCCAGUGAAGAGGAAAUGCUGGCAGUCAAGGCACUGAUUUCCCGGGUCUCAGAUUACAUGUUUUGGUUGGGUCUGCGCAGAAACACAGUCAGCUCGCCUUGGGAAUGGUCAACCGGUGUGGCCUUUCAAUACAGUAAAUGGCUGAGUUUGGAACCAGAUGCUAAUGGAGAGUGUGGAGCCAUGAUUCCCACCGGAGAGUGGGGAGCUGAACCUUGUGCUAACCUUCACAGCUUCGUCUGCUUGGCAGAGGGAGUACUUCCUGGUUCACACAGUGAAGAAUGCGGACGAGCCAGAGAACACUGCAGAUCUCUGUACACAGACCUGGUGAGCAUCACAAGCCAAGACGUGCUCCUGGAUAUCGAACAGCUGAUGAACAAAGACACUUCCAAUACCGACUACUGGAUAGGACUGAGGAGGGACGGUGGGUCUUGGGGCUGGGGAAACGGGGAAACUUUCAGCUACAGCAACUGGGGAGAGACAUGGAGCACUUCAGACUGUGUGACGAUCAAGACCUCUUAUUGGAAUUUUGGGGCAUGGCAGGUGAACAACUGCAAUGACAACAAGAAGUUCAUCUGCUACAAAGGCAAGUCGCUUCUGAGUUAUAGAGGCGCUUUAGAUCAGCUACCUGCUCAGAAUGUUUAAUUUCUUACCUGCUUAUUAU